AUGGAGGGUUCAACCAGUCCCACAUCGACGUACAUCGGCGACAACGCUCCGGAGGAGUUCCUGCCUUACAUCUCCAAGCAUUGGCUCAAGUUUCUCGCUCCGGAUCCCAGAGUGAAUUAUGUCCUGGGAAUCAUCUACAUUUUCUUCAUGAUAUUCUCCCUACUCGGCAACGGCCUCAUCCUUUUUCUCAUCAUCAGAUGCCCGUCCCUUCAGACGUGUUCGAACUGCCUGGUGGGAAGCCUCGCCCUGGCCGACUUCCUCAUGAUGCUCAAGUCGCCCAUCUUCAUCGUCCAGAGCUUCCACCAGGGACCCACGCUCGGCUCCCUCGGUUGUCAGGUGUUCGGGGCAAUGGGGUCCCUGUCCGGUUUCGCCGCGAUCUGGUCCGUCACCGCCAUCUCUGUCCAUCGCUACCUGGUGUUUGAAGAUCCCUUCGACAAGAGGAAGCGAUUCGGGCGCAUCGGGACAGCAGGGGUGAUCGCGUGCAUUUGGUCUUCGUCGGCUCUGAUCACGGUUGCACCUUUCGUCGGUUUCAGCCGUUAUGUACCCGAGGUACCAUCCGAAUGCAAACUUUUCAUCUGUGUAAAUCUCUUUAUUCCUAGUUGUCAGGUGUUCGGGGCAAUGGGGUCCCUGUCCGGUUUCGCCGCGAUCUGGUCCGUCACCGCCAUCUCUGUCCAUCGCUACCUGGUGUUUGCAGAUCCCUUCGACAAGAGGAAGCGAUUCGGGCGCAUCGGGCUGCAAGGAAAGCUGAACCGCGUGGUGAUCCUGGUGGUGGUGAUCUGGGUGCUGAGCUGGACGCCCUACGCCGCCGUGGUCUUAAUAGGAGCCGUGCGUUCCCAAUACCUCACCCCUGGGAUGUCGAUGAUUCCCGCCCUCGCCUGCAAGACCUCGGCCUGCAUCAACCCCUACAUCUACGGGAUCCGAAAUCCCCAUUUCAUGAUGGAGGUGAAACGUCUCUUCUUCAGGCGACGGGCCAGGACCCCAUCCUACAGGCGGGAGCUCAUCCCUCUCUCCGACUUCCGAAGUCGUCUGGGAAUCCCCGAUUCCGUGUGA